AUAAAAUAAGAAAAUAACCCCCAUUUUUUUAAGUCUAUAAUUUUUAAAAGGUAUAGGUAGUUAUAUAUUUUAAGCAACGAUGUAAUUAAUAUACAUCGUUGAUUUGAAGUAUAUAAUAUUACAAAAUUACACAUAUUUAAAUAAUGUUAUCCUGGAAAUCUGGUGUGCCUUGAUAGAAGAAAAACUAGAAAAGCGUUUUUUCCACACUUCAUCCGUUCAAGGAACAUUUCAGAAUGAAUGAUGAAAGAUUUUUAGUUAGUGGUUGGGAAGAUGAUCUUAAUGAUAUUGAUGAAUCAAGGAACCCUGAAGUAAAAUCUGAGGAUGAACUUUUACAAGCCUGUGAAAAUGGAAACUUAAAACUGGUUCAAACAAUUUUAGAAAACCAGCCUAAUCUUAUACAUGCUGUAGAUAAAGAUAAAUAUACUGCACUCCAUAGAGCAUGUUAUAGUAAUCACAUAGAAAUUGUUAAAUAUUUGUUACAAAAAGGAGCUAAUAUUGCAGCACAGACGGAAAUGAAGUGGCAGCCUCUACAUUCUUGUUGUCAAUGGAACCAUAAAGAAUGUGCUGCUAUUUUAAUACAACAUGGAGCAGAUAUUAAUGCCAGGUCUGAAGGAGGACAAACUCCAUUGCACAUAGCGGCUGCACAUGGUGCAUCAUAUGAUACAGUCCAGAUGCUGCUUAUGCAUCCCUUUAUUGAUCAUAAAAUAAAGAAUUCUAGUGGAGAAACAGCAAAAGAUAUAGCUACAAGAAGUUCGAGGUAUUAUAAUGUUUUUGAAAUGGCAGAUCCAUUGUUAGAUAUGGAAAUUAUAUAAAAGAUUUAAAAUAAUUUAAGGACAUUCUGGACAAUGGGAAUAAGUUAACUAAAAUGUACAAAUUUAAAUAAAAUUUUCAU